AUGUCCGGCCUAAGAGUGUCUGUUUAUACCGUUCCCCCAGUCGCUUGUGUUGACCACGUAUCGCAUCAGCAGAAUACUACAUGGUCUCCAGAAUCCUGCACUUUGGUUUACUCGGAAAAUGAAGCUGUCCUUGUGGAUACUGGAAUCACAAUCAAUCAAAACAAGGAAUUGAUCAAGUGGAUCGAGGAAACCGCGCCGGGACGCAAGCUCUCCUACAUCUAUAUCACGCACGGCCAUGCAGACCAUUUCCUAGGCCUGCCCCUUUUGCUGCAGCGCUUCCCAGAAGCGCAGGCAGUUGCGACCGAGGCCACUGUCCGGCAUAUCGAGCAGCAGAUCUCCGAACCAUACUUCUCCUCGACAUGGGUUGCGUUUUUCCCCGGAGGUCAACUUUAUACUCCACAGCAGCCGCCGAAAGUGCUUCCGAGGGAUAAUAAAUUUGUUUUGGAAGACCGAUGGACUUUCGAGGCAAUCGAGUGCGGGCAUUCUGACACUUUUGACUCUACUAUCCUAUGGGUUCCUGACCUGCGACUUGCCGUCUGUGGAGAUGUUGUUUACGGAGAUGUUCAUCAGAUGCUGUUCGAAGCCAACACUCCAGAGAAGCGGGAGGAAUGGAUCAGAGCUAUUGAGAAAGUGGAGUCACUCAACCCAGUUUAUGUGGUUCCUGGACAUCGCAACGCCAAUGAGAUGGAUGGUGUUUGGCAUCUGGAAUCGACAAAAAGAUACAUCCGGGACUUUAUCGAUGUUUUGAAAGAAAAGCCUCAAACUGUGACAGAACUAUUUUCUGCUAUGAUCGCGAAGUACCCUAACAGAUUUAAUCCGAUGGUCUUGGGUUGGGGCUGUGCUGGAGCCCAUGUCUCUGGCGAAGUUCCCUCAGCUAACUGA